ACUCCGUUCACCCCGUUCACCCCGUUCACCCCGUUCACCCUCCGAAAAUAAGCCAAGGCACCGAACCCGCCUACACAUCCACCCUUUGAGCAAAAUGGGUAUUUGGGACGCUAUUCAAGACCUCGUUGAGGCAGCCACGCCAUGGAGCACCGCCGAAGCCGACGCUCCAGCUGAGGACAAGUCGCAGGACAGCGAGACUGAAGACGGGGGCGACGAAGAAGAGGAGGAGGAAGAUGAGGAAGAAAUUGAAGAUCCUAAAGAAAAAUUUGAGGAAGAGUGCAAGAACUCGAAGGUUUGCGCGCCCGCUAAACACCACUUUGACGAGUGCGUCGAGCGCGUUACAAACGCAUCCGGUGAAGGAGAGGCAGGCGAGGACUGCGUUGAAGAAUUCUUCCAUCUUGCGCACUGCGCGAGCCAAUGCGCCGCCCCCAAACUUUGGUCUGUCCUCAAAUGAGCAACGCAAUCCAGUCUCGAAGCCCCGCCAGCAACCUCACAUGAUAAAUCAAUAGAACUGAUGGAAGGAUGGUACUGGACGGCUUUCUUGACUAAGGCAACUUACCCGCUCAUUAUCAUGCGACCCCGGUCAAGCAGGUGGUGGUUUUGUAGCACGAUCUGCGGCUCAAGCAAUGGCGUGCAGCCAGGAUAUCUCCGAUCCACUGCCCUAUGUACCAUACAUUGCAUUAUCAGUUAAAUAGAUCUCUAUUCCUCGAGUCUGGUAGCGGGCCUAUGACAUUUUCCCUCGUAAUUGGUAUAUUUGGCUGUGGAUAUAACGUUAUGAGCACAAUAUGUUUUAUGGUAUAACAGCUCGUUCGCAUGAGUACCUAAGCAUACAUAGAGCAAUAGACAAACGAGAUGUCUUGCUCUCAUGUAUGGUGUUGCAUGUUCGAUCAAUCUCCCAAACAUGUCGAGUUGUCAUGAUGCAAUAAGAGCCCCUUACCCUGUAAUAACAACGAUGAUUUAGUAUACCUAGUAGUAUACUACAUAACACAUAUGCACCUUUAGAGUGUUACAGGAAUACUACCUAUCUCAUAUAUGUAGAGUAUGAUAUUGAAACAAGAAAAAAACAGGCGAAAUAAAACUGAUCCGAUGUUGGAAAAAGGGUUGGAGUUGAGUGCAACCAAUU